AUCUGACCUGAAGUGGAAGCGGGUACCUAUCAAAACCAGGUACCCUGCUCCCACUUUCGCUGCAAUCGUGUAGGCAAUCAGAAACGGAAGUUGUACCCCUAUCCUCCCUCCCUGAAGUCUUGUGGGACAAGUGACAGGUCCCAGAAGAUGACGGGCCAUUCAGGAAGCGCAGCACUACUCACACAUGCGCAGUGGGCACCCAGCUGUGAAGCCACAAGCUGUCACAGCCGGGUGCCCACACUGAAGAUGCCGGCGCCUGGAAUACAGGAUGGCCAGUGAAAUGGGUGAGUGGAACUC